AUGAUUCUUGACUAUAAUCGCAAUGAAAUGUUUUUGGCUGGCCUGCGAUCUGUUAUCCAAGAGAAGAAAGCACAAUCCAUUCCUGCUCACGUUUUAGAUAUAGGUACGGGAACGGGUCUUCUUUCACUGAUGGCUGCGCGAGAAGGAGCUGAAAAAGUCACAGCUGUGGAGGUUUUUCAGCCAAUGGCUGAUUGCGCACGAGCCAUAGUACAGUCCAGUCGGUGGAAAGAUAAGAUUAAUGUAAGUUAGUU